CGCCAUGUACCGCCAGAACUUUCGUCCCCCGACGCCUCCCUCUUUGGCCGGCGGCGGGCGGUUCCGCAGCCCUCCCUCAGGAGGCGGAGGCCCUCCGCCAGUCUCUCCCCAGGGCUACGGGAGCCCCCGCCACACGCCCCCCUGCGGCCACCGCCCGCGGCCCUACGACAGUCCCGCCAACUUCCAGCAAGGCGGCGAGUGGCUGGGGGGAACGGCGGCGGCGCACACCCCGCGCAGGCCCCAGAGUGCCAGCCCCAGAUACUCCGCUCCUUACAGCGGUGGCUGGUCCCCCAGUGGAGCCGCCCACCAGUCCCGGCCCUACAAGCAGCGCCACUCGGGCGGCUACCAGAGAUACAGCCAGGGAUCGCCCAAGACAUCUACUCCAUUUGGUACACCACGUGGCAGAGAGAGAGGAGUGUCUAAUGAUGUGGAAAGCUAUUACAAAUCUUCAAUGCUUGAGGACCCAUGGGCUGGCCUAGUGCCAGUAUCUGUUACAGAUGUUAAUCAGCAAUUUGACAAGGAGCAAACAACAUACACUGGCAAAAAGGGGAGGUAUUUCAGUUAACAUUUCUAGAAGUGAACUAACACCAGUUGUGAAAAACUGGGACAAAAUCUUCAUACUUGAUGACAGCUAAUCAAGGACAUGGGCAGUGCUUUUAUUUGAACUGCCUGUUCUUUUAACUUACCAUUUUUUUACUGCAUUGUGUAUUUUUAUGAGUGCGAAGAAAGCAGUAAAGAGAUCUCGUAAUGCUCCUGGGGCCUUCCAGCUGUGAAGAACAAAAUAUUCUUUAGUCACCAGCAAAUUCUCGUGACCAUUUCUGAGAUUUACCUUUUCUGUGCCAGACUGUACAAUAUGUUUACUAUUGUUAACUUCUUUAGGAAGUACUAUAUUUUUAUUUUUCAACAUUUUUAGAACAAAGGCAGCUUUGAAAUAAAGCGUUUUGUAAGUAUGUACAAACCUUUCACUAUUUUUGUUAAGCCAUGCUUCAAGUACACAACUGAAAUUUUGUGCUUUCUUUAAAGUUUUGUAGGCUAUGGUGAAUGUUUUUAUACAGCCUUGUAUAUCCUAGUGUUAAAUGAUUUUAGCAAUCUUGUAUUCUCUUUAGAAAUAUUUACAAUUGCUUAUAUUUGUAUUUCCAAGUUCUGUUUUGAAAUAACCCAUUCAGGUUACUGCAGGAUACUGCAGUGUACAAACAGUUAAGUUGAACCUGCAUCCAGUUAUCAAUGGAUAAAGAAGAAUGCUUUACACGUUUUAGAAUUAUUUAAACCUGGUGGUAAACAAGUAUAAAUUUUGCCUGGCUGCAUUAAGUAACUCUUUAGGUUUAUUAAAUGACAGUUUUUGUUUGAACAAACCUAUUAAGAAUGAAAUGUAGCAAGAGUUCCGCAUCUCUGUCAGGUUAAAAUAUCAGUUGAGAUAAAUACUUUAAAAAGUUAACCAAUAACCAUAUGGUUAUUUUAUAAGCUUUAUUUUAAAAAGGUGUACUGAGUUUCUCAGGAAAAUAAGUUAAUUGGAGUGACAUCAUUUACUUCAAAUGUAAUUUACAGAAAUCUUAUAACAAGUUUUGUAAUGGUUUGUUGACUGUCAAGAAAAUAGACUUUGCUGCAGUGAAACAUAAGCAAUACGUAGAUGUCAGAAACCACAAUUGACUCAUGAUGGUAGCAAGCCCUCAGGCUCACACACCUUCAUCCCAUUCUCUUUGCAUGUAAAGAAUGAAGAUUUCCUCAGACUCAACCACAAGCUGUGCCAUGCAAAUGUGGCAAUUGAACCAUUAGCAGUUUGUUGGUUAACAGGGUUUAAUCCUGAUUUUUUGGGGAAGGAACAAACAGCAGUUUGUCAGAUGGCACAACGGUUUGCAGUUCUAACCCAGGCAGUCCUCAGUUUUGGCACAGCCUGUGAGGAGGAAGAGGGCACAACCAUUUGUGAUAUUUAACAGUGCCAUCUUAAGCAGUUACACCUUUCUAAGUCUCUUGAAGGGUGUAACUCUGCUUAAGAUGGCACUGCAAACAAGGCUGGUAAAUGGAGAAUGCAACACUUUGUAAAAUCAAUUUAUUUGGCUGCUGCCACCUGUUGAUUGUAACUUAUGGCUGUCUCUUGUGUGUGUAUAUAACCUACUGUGGUCAUACCAGCUAGAAUGUAAAGCAUACAAAAUCUUAUUCAUUUAAAUCUAUUGAAGGAAUUAAAUAUAUUUACCAGGAAAA